CAUAGGCCCUGGGUGCGUGGGGGCCUGGGUGCGCAGGUCCGCUGGUCCUGGGCAAGGCCCCCGGGGCCGAAACUUCCUCUUGCAGCUCGGCACAGGAUGCAGCUUGUUCUUUCCCCGGCUCGUGAAGCCAUUGCGCAAACCACCCUGGUCAAAGUGCGCUUGCUGCCCAGCAUCUUAGGGCCCGCGGAGCCGGCGGGGGUGUGCGGGGCGCGAGGCAGCAUGGACAGGAGGUGCGCAGACCUGGAGUCCAGCCUGAAGCAGCUGGGCAAGGCAGAGCUGAAGGAGUUCAAGGUCAAACUGAACAAGUAUAAGCCCCAGGGAGGCUUCCAGCCGGUGCUGUGGAGCGAGCUGGAGAGCGCCGACGCGCUGGACAUUGUCCGGGUGCUGCGCGGCCACUUCCUGGAGCCCUACGCCUUGCAGGUGGCUGCCAACAUCAUGGCUCUCAUCAACAAGAAGGAGCUGGAGUCGACACUGUGGCAGGCCCAUGGUAAGACGGGGCGUGGGCUGGUGCAGGGACAGCAGCGGGGGUCCGACCCCCCCCCCGGUCAGCUGGCUGGGAGGCCGGGAAACAUGGGGGUGUUGGGCAGGGGUGCGGAUGGACCAGAGCAGGGACAGGGGAAGGGGCUAAGAGGGUAGGGAGGAAGUGGGGGA